AUGACAUCUCUUAGUCGAAAAGGUUCUUCAGGUUCUCUGUCACCACGUUGUAAAACGGAAGGUCAUGGUGUAUCUGCUACGGUUUGUGCCAAUUGUGAGACUACAACCACACCACUUUGGCGAAGAGCUCCAAACGGAGAAACGAUUUGUAAUGCUUGUGGACUUUAUCUUAAAGCUCGUAAUACGGUUCGCCCACCUUGGUUAAAGCGUAAUUCCAUCAAAAAGGCUACACCUAUCAUUCCCGAAGCUCCCGAAAAUCUCAAUAAUGGAGGAACUUGCCCAGGGGACGGUCAUUGUGAUGGCACAGGGGGUUCAGAUUCUUGCAAUGGAUGCCCCGCUUAUAACCAACAUCAAGUCAAUCGUCAAACUUUAAUCUGUACUAACUGCGGUACAAAUACUACACCUCUUUGGAGAAGAGACGAAACUGGCAAUACAAUCUGUAAUGCUUGUGGACUUUAUUUCAAGUUACAUAACGUCCAUCGUCCAGUUACAAUGAAACGAUCAGUUAUUAAACGUCGAAAACCUUCCACUUCUGGUUCUGAACGUGGAUAUAUUUCUUCUGAAGAUGAGAUUUGUUCAAUUGAAGAUUUAUCAUCGCCAAUUAGUCGUAAGAGAAAAGAAUGCAAGUUCUCAUUCAUCAAGGACGUCUCAUGGGAACUCCGACUUUCACCUGUUCAUUAUACUUCUGGUAAUUCCGCAUCUCCCGCUUUAUCAACAUCAUCAUUAUCAACAAGUCCAAAUUCAUCAAGUUCUAUUUCUUCAUUAUUGAAUCCUACCACACCUCAAUUACCUCCAAUUAAUUCCAUGUCAAAUGUUAUUACUUCUAACGAUAUGUCAACAAAUAAUGUUAUGGAGUUGAAUCUUCAUCGUCAUUCUCGUCAUUCUUCACCUCAAUUAACUCAAAAUGUAGUUCAUCCUAUGAUUACCCCUCCUUUGACUACUGCAACUUCUCCUAUUAAUUCUGCACCAAUUACUAAUGCAGAUCCUAAUCUUACUCAAGAAGUUUUACAAGCUCAUCGUCAAGAAUUGCAACGUGAAGUAUCACAUCUUAGUAUGUUAUUGAAUAGAACCACAGCGAUUUUAGUUGAUUUAGAUCAAGCCAUGGCAUCAGCCGCUUCAUUAUCAAAAGUUAAUCAAAAGUCCUCUCUUUCCCAUGAAGAAUUGAAUGUACUUAAAAGACAAUUUGAACGAGAAGGAAAUGACGUAACAACACAAACUAAAUUUAAUUAUGCUUGGGGUUUAAUUAAAAGUAAAAAGAAACCUGAACAACAAUUAGGUGUUCGGUUGUUUGCAGAAAUCUUUCAAGAAUCAAGGGAACGUCGUCGUGAAUGUCUUUAUUAUCUUGCAUUGGGACAUUAUAAAUUAGGAGAAUACACAAGAGCCAAAGAAUUCAAUAAUCAAUUAUUAGAAAAGGAACCUAAUAAUAUGCAAGGUCAAAGUUUAAAACAACUUAUAGAAAAUAAAUUAAACAAAGAGGGAAUUGUUGGUGUAGCUAUUGCAGUUGUAGCAAUUGCAGUUGAUUCUUCAAGAUUUCUAGUUACUGUAUCUAAUUCACAAGUUUGUUGA